ACGCCUUUUGGUGCGUACUAGCGCUUGUUGUCACGUCAAAUUGUUAAAACAUUCGAUAAAAGCGCUGACGUAUUGUACGUUCAUAAAGUUUACCUUGAACAUGAAACGUUUGUUGUGACAUAUAGCAAACAAUUAAGACGCUGAGGUGAAACUGACUUGGAAAAUGACUAGGAUAGUGCUUAGCCCGUUCAUGCAUUUGUUCCUUGUAUUUCAGUAUCUCGUUUGAUAUUGCCAUGAAUUGCCCAAUGAGUGACUGGUCGUGUUCAGUUCCCAACAAGCUGUUAAGUGAACCUCCAAAGCUAACAGAAAAACAACUCUGGCUUUACUGUGUAUCGUUGGAAUAUACCUGUGAGACAAAAGAAAAACUCUUGUUGUCGACGCUUCCUUGGUAGAAGAUGCACUGAUACUUGACGGCGACAAUGAGGCUCGCAUCACUUCCGGGUGUCGAAUUGAAGAGAGGGGAGUACGGGUCGCAAAUAUACUUCCCUCUAAUGGUCCUAAUUUCAGUUACUUUAGUGACGGAGGCUCGAUUAGACGGUGAGAUUCCGCAUCAUUUAAGAAGACCUGUUGAGCGCUACAGAACGAGCUACGAUUCGACACCGGCUAACAAGAGACAGGCAAACUCGACAAUUAAAGACCUUGACGCCCUCGACGAGCUACUAAGAAAUUACGAUCGCCGAGCGCUACCCACAAGCCAUCUGGGCGAACCGACAAUAGUAACUAGCGAAAUUUUCAUCCGAAGCUUUGGUUCAAUUGAUCCAUCCAAUAUGGACUACGAGGUAGAUCUAUAUCUACGUCAAGGUUGGCAAGAUGACCGCUUCGCAAAAAAUGCUUUUUCCCGGGCGCUCGAUCUUAACGAUCCGAAGCUGGUACAACGCAUCUGGAAGCCGGAAGUGUUUUUUGCUAAUGCGAAGCAUGCUGAGUUCCAGUUUGUCACAGUACCCAAUGUGUUGGUCCGUAUCAAACCUACAGGUGAAAUACUCUACAUGCUAAGGUUAAAGCUACGGUUCUCCUGUAUGAUGGAUCUGUACCGGUACCCCAUGGACUCGCAAGUGUGCAGUAUUGAACUUGCCUCAUUCUCGAAAACGACGGAUGAACUGCAGCUGAGAUGGGCAUCUGAAAAUCCGGUUAUGUUAUUCGAAAACAUGAAAUUACCACAGUUCGAAAUCGAGAACGUUACAGUCUCGCUGUGCAAGGAAAAGUUCCACAUUGGCGAGUACAGCUGCCUUAAGGCUGAAUUCUACCUGCAGCGUUCUUUGGGCUAUCAUAUGGUGCAGUCGUAUCUGCCAACGAUCCUGAUUGUCGUCAUUUCUUGGGUGUCGUUCUGGCUUGAUGUCGAUGCUAUUCCUGCCAGAGUUACGCUAGGAGUCACCACGUUGUUAACCAUAUCGUCGAAGCUAUUUCUCCAGGGAGCAGGGAUCCAGUCGAAUCUCCCGCCCGUAUCGUAUGUAAAAGCGAUGGACGUCUGGAUGGGCACGUGCACUUCGUUCGUAUUUUCCGCUCUGCUCGAGUUCACUGUGGUCAACUACCUCUGGCGGCACAAUCCAGUAAGCCACUGUAUUGUUUUACAUAAUAACGACAGCAACGGAGGCGCUAUGCUCGUACAAGCUGCUGCCAAAGGUGGAGGUACAGAAUCGGUAAUUGCGAGGUCACGGCAGUGGGAUUCCAAGCUUCAGGCUAAACGAAUCGAUCGAGCAAGCCGAAUUGGUUUUCCCGCCUGUUUUAUUGUGUUUAAUAUUCUCUACUGGCCAUAUUACAUGCGACAAUAAGCAGUUGAAAUCAGUUAGUAACUGAAUCCGCUGUGCCAGUAACGCGUACGCCGUCAAUAUGACCUGCAUUAAAUCACGAUCCUCUUGGCCCAUCGUCCGACAAAAGAGUAUCCUAGAGGCAACCUUGUGAUAAACCUGCGCAACCUAGACAAUAUUGAAGCCGUUUCGACAGUUUUUCUUCUUUUUUCGAAGAUGAUGUAUAUAAUAUUGUCUGAGUUUUGUUCGCUACCCAAUCGUACCCUAUGAGUAUUCCUGACCGUUAAGAUCAUUGGCUUAUUUCGUACCAGUCAGAUCAAAUAGUGUCACUGUCUUAUUAAUACGUAACGAUCGUAUACCCGAACAGCUUUGUCCUACAAGUAAACACGUAGCUGAAGCCUACGUAUAGUUCCAAUGAAAUACAUAUAUCAGUGUUUUAGAUGGUAGCUUCCUAUACUCGGACUGCAAUCGAUGGUUCGGGUUAGUAUCCAUACAAAUUGUAGAAGAUUAUCCAGCUUGUGAUGUACAUACAGAGAUAAAGCUGACACACCAUACAAACAAUGGGCGUCGCUGAAGCAUCGUAUUAGAGCGGUGAUCGUAUCUAUUGCUAUACAUACAUAUAUAUAUAUAUAUAUAUAGCCCUUGUGUUGACGUUGGGUGUGAGUAAAAAUUCAUACACAGUGGCUCUAUGCGAUGACAACCUUAAGUGUAAAUAUAUAUAUAUAUAUAUAUAUAUGUAUGUGUGUAUCGUUAGAUAAAGAUCGUUACUAUUUAUAAACGUUACGUUAAGUGCGUAAAGAGAUACAGAAUCAAUAUAUCCAUUGAAAGUGUCAAGGGUAUGUACGGUAGCCUCAAUCAGAAGCCAAUAUCAUAAAUGACAUGAGGAAUGAAUGAGACGCGAGCUUCAGAGACAUUUUAAAGCAAAUGCGCAUUAAGCGAACCUUGAAAAAACGUAAGCGAAUAACAUCUAUCUCGCUAUAUAACUGCGUAAUCCCCCCUUACCAAUGCCUUUGAAAACAGCAAAUCUGCCCGUGUCUAUCGCGCAAAUCUUAUAGUUACGAAAUAAUGAAUUUUCUACAAGUAGUAACGUUUCA